GAAAUAAAGCAAAACCAAACCGAGUCUCUAAACAACAUGGCCGCUCCCUUACAGCUGUCAUGCCGAGCCGAGAAAAUUGUUCGGUUUGGACUAUUUUGACUUUUGUUUAAGUUUGUUCGUAUUGUUUAAGCUGGUUGUGAGUGGGUUUCAUUUGAAACUAGCUCAUGUCCGCAUCAAAGGUUGUUGGUAUGGCCGCAGUCUUAAGAGGGAAGGUCAGGUCCGUGGUCUCUGUGAGCCGGGGACUGUCCACUCAGCAGCAGCCUGGAUCUCUGGAGUCUCCCCCGGGCAGCCAGUUACCUGCAGAGCGUAGGCACAGAAAGGACCCCAGGGGUUGUUCCGUGCUUCUCUUCCCCGGACAGGGUAGCCAGUUUGUGGGCAUGGGUAGAGGACUAACGAAGUAUCCCAAUGUGAAAGAGAUGUUCUCCGCCGCGCAGAAGAUCCUCGGCUACGACCUGCUGUCUCUGUGUUUGGAGGGGCCGGAGGAGGAACUGAUGAAGACGGUGCACUGUCAGCCGGCGGUGUUCGUCACCUCUCUGGCUGCUGUGGAGAAGCUGCAGCAUGAAAACCCAAAGGCCAUUGAGACGUGUGUCGCUGCAGCAGGUUUCAGCGUUGGUGAAUUUGCUGCUCUUGUCUUUGCUGGAGCCAUGACCUUUUCAGAAGCUUUGUAUGCAGUAAAGGUGCGUGCAGAGGCCAUGCAGGAAGCCUCUGAGCUGGUUCCCAGUGGGAUGCUGUCAGUCAUCGGCAGACCUCAGGCUCAGUAUAAAUAUGCCUGCCUUCAAGCCAAAGAGCACUGCAAGAGUCUAGGGAUUCAGGAGCCUGUUUGCUCUGUGGCCAACUACUUAUUCCCUGAUGGCAGGGUUAUUGCAGGCCACCAGCAGGCCCUGGACUUCCUCCAGCAGAACUCACAGCGUCUACAGUUCCUGAGGACCAAACCUCUCCCAGUUAGCGGGGCUUUCCACACCGAGCUGAUGGCAUCAGCUACCGAGCCCCUCAGAGAGGUGUUGCGGCAGGUGGAGGUGCGACGACCCGAGAUCAGCGUCUACUCCAACGUGGACGGCAAACGCUACAUGAGCGAAAGUCACAUGCGCCGCCAGCUGGUCAGGCAGCUGGUGUCGCCCGUGAAAUGGGAGCAGACUCUGCACGAGAUCUACGAGAGGACGCAGGGGGAGAGUUUCCCUCAGACGUACGAGGUCGGCCCCGGAAAGCAGCUGGGCGCCACACUACAGAAGUGUAACAGAAAGGCCUCUCAGUCGUACUCUUACGUGGAUGUCACCACCCAUUAAGAGUGGCUGUUCAGAAGUGAGGACUCUAAUAAAUACAGCUCUGCUGGAAAAGAUCUUGUAUUACUGUGUAUUUAAUAAAAUCUUUUUAAUAAACCA